UUGGUGUUUGUAUUGACGCUGCAUGCGGGCUGAUUGCAUCGCAUUCCAAUGUGCGCGAGAUGUAACCGCUGUGCGGACUUCCAAACCGUCUUGAGCCGCAAUUUGAAGGAAUAAAAUGUCCAAGUUGAAGGAGUCCAACACUUGUCCUGACGGCUACAGGGCUUUAAGCACGAGUGAGCUGCAGGAGCUUUUGCAGAACGACGACAAAAUGGACCAAAUCCUUCGACUCAAUGAGAAGUUUCAGGAUCUUCAAGUGGACAGGGAGAUGCUGCUGACCUCCAAUCGGAGCUUGGCAGAGGAGAGCCUCGCCCGACGACCCCGCCUUUGUAACGGCAAACUCCAAUUGGCGGAGAAAUACCGGGAACUGUCCAACCUGGCAACCACAUGCUGGGAAAAACAGAGUCAGCUUGAGGCUCGUGUCCAGAAGCACAGCCUGCAGAUGACGCAGAACCUCCUGCAGGAAGAAGUGGCACGUGCUGAGGAGCAUUCAGAGGAGCUGCUGGAGAAGUUCAUGGAGGGAAACGUAAGCCUGGAUGAGUUCCUGGACUCCUUCCAAAGCUCCAGGAAGACGUAUCAUAUCCGCCGGGCUCAGGCGGAGAAGAUGCAGGAGAUCGCUCAGGCGAAGCGGCAGCCGGGCAAAAACAAGAGAGCGGAGGAGAGCAAAGUCCCGGAGGUGAAGAAGGACUCAGAGCAGCCUCACGAGCCUCAGAGGCCUAACGGUUUCGUAGCGCAGGGACCUCUUAGAGUGUUCCAGGUACGCUACGGCCUCACGCCAGCCAUCCUCCUCCCUCAUUAUCCCGUUUCUCCCCCUGCCUCAGCUCCAUGCUAUCCAAGUAGUGCCCCACCACCUGAACCCCAACCGGGACAGACCCACAUCCUCAGCCCCAAUACCCCUCUUCCAGUUCCAGGACACGGUCAGCCGGUCGGCCUCAGGGUCAUUGGACAGUUACCGGGCGGCUGGCCUGCUAACGGGCGGCCGGUGCGGGUGCAGCAGCUUUACAGGCCGAACCCUCAACAACCCGAACCGCCGUACCGAUAAGCUCGAGGAUGGGGGAGGGGGAUCAAAGGCCUGUUUGCGAGGUCUUCCAAGACAUGGAACCAAACAGUGGCUGUCACAAAUCAUGUAAGCAAAGACUGAUCCAGAGACGGGCAGCACUGCAGACGCCCGUUUCUGUUCUCCAUCCAUGACACACAAAUGUAACCAGAAAAGAGAUAGUGAGGCGGCAGAGGACAGACAGGGAGGACCAGGGAUGGGCUCCGGUAGACGGAUAUGUUAAACCCACGAAUCUCUUAUCAAACCUUUUAUCUCUCCUCAAUCAUUUUCACCAGUAACAGCCAAAACACAUAUAUAAAUCCGGCUGCUGAUUUAUGUGUAGCUCCACGGCCAUUUCUGCGGCGGCAGACUGGAACCGAACACAUUUACACUGUGAGUGGAAGCAGUAACCGUAACAUCUUCUAUCCGACUACCAUAGUCUGGAUUUAAAGGUGCUAACUGAGCCCAGCAUGAAUUACUAAACUUACGAUUUAAAUCA